CUGAAAACAUUAGUGGAUGUGUGGAGAUCCGUUAACAAGUCAGAUAAUCAGAUGUUUUAUGACGUGAAAAGGUUAGUCUGACGCCAGGAAACUUCAAUCACACCCGUUUAAAAACAUAAUUGACUUAAUCCGAGGAUAUUUUUCUGAUGGAUACAAUGUUUGACCUAAAGUGUGAAAGCGACGAGGAAGAGAUGGUGGCAGAGGAGCCCGUGUUAACAGCACAAAUAUCCAGGUGUGCAAACAUUUCAUCUGCAGAUUUGGAGGAACUGGAGAACUUCAGAUGCGAGGCUAAUACAAUAAGGCAAACCGUAUGGGCUAUCAACUGUUUUAAAACCUGGUUAAGUGAGAAAGAGAUCAACAUAGACCUGAAAACCGUCGAAAAAUCCGAGCUCUGUCCAGUUUUGCGGGAAUUUUACGGAUCCAUUCGGACUAGCAAGGGUGAACUGUACGGUGUCAGCAGCUACCUUGCGCUUCGGGGUGCAUUGAACCGCUUCAUCAAUGAACCUCCCCUGAGUCGGGCGUGGAAUCUGAUGCAGGACACUGAAUUCGUGUCCGCCAACAAUGUUUUUAAAGGCGUUGUCAAACAGAUGCGACGCUCAGGUAGGGGCAAAACGACACACUUUCCCCCGAUCUCACCUGAAGACCAGCACAUACUGAAACACUCGCCUGCACUAGACCCCGGCAACCCCAAAGGGCUGUUAAAUAAGGUCUGGUAUGACAUCCAGUUGCAUUUUGGACACCGUGGCAAGGAGGGCAACCGACACCUGCAACCGGACUCGUUUGCUCUGAAUCGAGACUUAAACGGUUUAAGAUAUUUUACAAUGACAUUAAACGAGGAAACAAACAACCCAUAUGAAAAGAGCAGGAAAAAUCGGAAGGGUGCUAAUAUGAUUGAAGAGGCUGGAAACCCGCUGUGUCCAGUCGCCUCAUUGGAGAAAUAUCUUCGCAAAAUCCCUCCUGAUGCAAAAGCAUUUUAUUUGCAGCCCAGAAAGAGGUAUCUUGUCACCGAUGACAUCUGGUAUACAGCUGUUCCUUUGGGAGUAAAUCUUCUGUCCCAAAUGCUGCCCAAAAUAUGUAAAAAGGCUGGGACGCGAUCAAUAUAUACUAACCACAGUAUGCGGGUGACUGCGAUUCAAAGACAAGGAUCAAAGUCUGAUCCGGUGUUGCAAACGACGGGGAUCUUGCUACUGAGUUGGAACAGUGUUCAAGUUGGGGUGAGACCUCAAUGCCAGCAGGAAUCUGCUCCAAGCAAGCCAAGCAUUGAGAUGGACUCCAGCUCUACAAAACAGGAUACCUGUGAGACGCCUGUGAACAGCUACAGCUUGAUAAAACAAGAGGCAGUUACUGAAGCCAUCAAGUGUGAAAAUACAAAUUCAGAGGCUGCCAGUGAUGCUGAGCAGGACAACACUCAGAGCAGUGCCAUUUCCUCAAAUAUUCCUAAUGAAGGUGAACCCUCUAGUAUGAUGCAGACCAUCACCAGACUUCAGUGUCUGCUGGAGAGCAAAAAAGAGAGAAUUGAAGCUCUGGAGAAACAGGUUCAGGAUCUACAGGAGGAUCGCAAGUUCCUCCGCACACAGAUCGAGAACCUCACCAGCGCUCGUGUGGUUCACGUCCCAGAAGCGAGCACAUCAAUGUUGUCAGAGUCCAGGCCGCACAAGAGACAGAGGAAGAGUUCCUCCAGCACAUAUGACACUGAAGAAAGUGUCUCUGAUGAAUCUGUGAGCACUGCUUCAUCAGAGUCCAACAGCAACAAGAAAAAAAGACGACACAAGAACAAGAAACAGAAGAAAGGGAGGAGAGGACGUGUCUCCCGCUGCGACUGGUGAUAGAGCGAGACUCACUCUUACACAAAACAGACCAGGACUAUUCUGGACACAGGAAGCAGUAAAUGGACAUCUUUAUAUACAGUAUAUCCUCCUUCAAACCUUUCAGACUUCAGAGAAGAGUUGACAAAAAGGGGUGGAAGAGUUAAUCAAAUGUUGUUUGGACUUGUUUUCUUUAUAGAGAUUGAUGUUAUGACUGGUUUAAAACACUACUAAAUGCUACUGAUCUACUGAACACAGUUAUGGUAGUAUUUGUGUGCUGGGGGAUUAUACAACACAUUAACUGCAAACUGUUUGGGAUA